AGUCAAAGAAGCAAGCGAGCGAGAUUUUCGGUAUCAGACCAUCAUGAAUAACCUGGUACGUCGUUACAUCACCAAGGAACAAAGACGCGCGGAUAAUGAAGGAGUCACUGAGGACGAUGUGAACGAGAUUAAACAGGAUAUCUCCUCGUUUCGCUACGAACUGAUGGAAAUCCUGAAGACCAGCGGGUUUAAUACGACGGUAGCAAAAGGACAAACCCAAGGGGUUGGCGGGAAAAAAGGACGAUUGAAGGAACGUCGUUUGAUGAAGGGCUUCAACAUCGGUCUUGUAGAAGGAUCAUCCACAUCAGAAUUUAACAUGGACUUCUCAAGAAAGACAAAAACUCAGAAGCUGACCAAAGUUGCUCGCCUAACCAGUGAAAGGAAAGUUGCAAAAAGAAGAAAAUGGGGCAAUUUAGCGGAAGUUACAAAGAAUGCACGAGCUGCUUUUUCCAGAAGUCGAAGUGAGGAAUCCAGGAGUGAUCAGGAGUCUUCAGAAAACCAAAGUCAAUGUGACGUUUCAAGUGAUUCAAGCAUAAGUGUUGCUUUCUCGCCAGACUGCUGCAGUACAGAAGACACACAGCCAAGCCAAUUUCACACAAGCCCUGUGACAAAGUUAGCUCGAAUAGGCCAAACUUUUAGAAGUUUUACGUUUAACCCUUCGAAAAUAAAACUUGUAUUUCAAGAUCAAAAUAAAUUUUCAGCAUCAAGGGUUCUGUCAGUCCCUAAGUUAACUGGAAUUCCAGAGAAAAGGAAAACUAAAAGGACUGUUAGUGCCCCUGGAUCCAGUGUUUCUAACCCGCCGAUAACAACACAUCCUCUGGACUUUUCACCAGAUUGUCCUUGUUCUUCAGGGUAUUCGUUUCCACUAAACCUUGUCUCUUCUGAACGUAACCUGUCUCCAAUUCAAAGUUGCGCUGGGUCCAAUACCACUACACCAAGGCCUUCAUUAACGGGGGACUGGAAUUACUCCCAAGUUCAAGAAACGCAAUUUGGAAACCAGUCUGAUAAAUCGAAAAGACCUCUAAUGACCUUCUCGGGAGAAACAAAUCAGAUCGCUAUGUGUUCCUUCAGCAGUCCAGAUACCUCUCUUCCCGAAGGCGUCAGUAAUAGUUCAUCAUGGGAACAGCCUUUGAUGACGUCCAAGAAAACUCCAAACGGUUCAAUGAGGAUUAUGUCUGCUGUGUACGGAAUCGAACCAGCAGACAAACAAAUGUCCUUCGGUUGGAUUUAA